AUGACCUAUUCGAGAUCGUCAGUUUCUAUCGGCGCUUUCGACAUGGUAGUCGUCCCAAUCAACUCAGGCUCCGAUGGUGAUCCUUCGCACCGACCUACUGUGGCUACUCACUGGCCGAUUGAUCCCCCAACUAUCUACCUCGAGAAGCUCGCAGCGCUAUGGAUGACAAGCCGAGGGGAAACCGUGCCUGGUGAGACGUACAUCUUGGACAGACUUCCCGAUGGCUACGCCCUGUAUGGGAAGCCGCGGCCAGGCAACCCGAAAUUGGUCGACAAGUGGCUGUUUGGCCACCCGAGCAAGAGGUAUUUCGAUUCGCCGAACAGGUUCUUUCCACAUUUCUUGCACCUCAUGGACAACGAUGGCGACAGCUUUGGAUGUCCCUGCACAGUUUGUGCCGCAGUAGGAGGUAGAAUUCCGAUUAUUGAGUCUAAGGAUCCCAAGCUUUCUAGGCCGCUUCAAGUCUCUGGCGGAGCUGGUCCGAAGCCGCUAGGAAGACCCAAAAUGCUGUACACAGGCAAAACGGAUGAUGAAGGCAAUCCAGAUGUAUACCGAAAUCUGAUAGACAAGAUGAAAGGGGAGGGCAGCGUCGACGAACCCGUUCAGGAGAACAUGUCCAUGGAUUGGCGUGCCGAGCGAAAAUCUCUGCCUGCUUUCCUAAAUAAAGUCUCUAAGCAACCGAGGUGGAUGCCGCGAGUUACAGAGAUUGUCCUCUUCGUGCGAAAGAUCGAGCAGAACGAAGAGAUUUGCUACGAUAAAGCUACCAAGGAAUUUCGCGUCUUCAAUGAAAAGCUUGGUAAGUUCACCAACCAUUAUCCUCGUUGGGAAGCCGGCGUGGUGGGUCAGGCAGCUGCGGAGGAUGUAAGCAUUGAAGACCUGGUUACCGAGCCACCCAAGGAGUACCAGGUCAACUACUCCGGCUUUCGGGUGGAGCCGUUGCCUAAUCCUAACAGCGAGGACAAAUCGUUAUCGAAACAGUACAAAUACGUUCCGCUACACCAGACGCGGCCCUUUAUGUUCUGGCAGGAAUAUCUCAGGGGCAUACCUGAAGACAAGUGGCAUCCCACCAUUAAGCACGCGUUUACAGCCAUGUCAUCAUUCUCUCUACUCGAGAAAUUCCACUUUAAAGGCCAAUGGCCUACCGCGGCUAUAUCUUGCAGAGGCAUCUAUAUCGGCUCCGAACUCGUCCUCCUCGGCGACACCGUCCGCCUCACGCCCACAGCCCCCGCCUCUCCCGUGAGCGACGUCCUCGAAAUCACCUCCAUCAAAUUGCACUUCUCGAACCUCGACCUCGCCAGCUCAGACGACAACGACGAGGGCCGCCCCUACAACACCGCCGCCUACGUGACCGGCAAAGCAUACACCAUCGACCCAUCCCGCGCCGCUCCAUCCCUCAAGGCGUCUAUAGAUCCCGCAUCCGGCCUACUGCCCUCCUGUCUUGACGACAGCUUGGACUGGUACCACCUCCACGACCCCUCGAGAUUCUGGCGCGUCCCCUUCAACCGCAUCCUCGGACGGUGUUUCGAGCCCGAAGCGCUGCUCCUCUGGUUCCCCACGACAAUCUCUUCCGCCAGCAGCGCCAACAGUGCCAACAGCGCCUCCAGCAGCCUCGCUAACCUUACCAACGCAACCAUAACAACACCUGCCCACCUAACCGCCGGCCUUCACGGCACCCUCCACGCCCGCGCUUUCGCAACCAAGCACGACCGCCGUAUCCCCCACCAAGACGGCAAGACCUGGUUCUGGGCCGACCACCGCGCUGAGGCGUUGGAUCUCGAGACGCUGAACGGUAUCGAGCUGGCGCGCGUGGACGAGAACAGGGAUCCGAAGACGUGGAGGGCGUUGAUUAGAGUCACGGAGCAUGUGGCGGAUGAGCGAGAUCGGGCGGAAGUGAAGAGGGCGGUUUUGGCGGAGAGGCCGUUGAGGGGGUAUGGCGGGUCAGUUGGGGGACUGAUGAAGGCGGGGUUAGAGGUGGUGGAGGAGGAGGCUGGUGGGAAGGAGGAGGGGAUAAGGAGCGGAGAAGUGAAGAGUAGGAGUUCCUGUGUGGCGGAUGGAUUUGGAGGACUUGUUGACAUUGAAAGCGAUGAGGCGGAUGACCUCAUCGAGCAGUUAGCUGAGGGGAUCGGGUUGGAAUCGGGUGAUGAAGUAGAGGACGGUGCUGAUGGUGAAGGUGACGAGGAGAGUGUCAUGGAGGUGGAGAGCACGCCAAAGAGGCAGAGGGUCGAAGUUGUGCUCUAG